CGGAACCCAUCCGGGGAGAGGGAGUUCUCGCGGGGACUGCCGGGAGCUGUAGUUUGAAGCUGGGAGUCGCGAGGCCUGGUACCGGGGUGGAGGCGGCAGAAAGACUACAAAUCCCAGGGAGCGCGGCGCGACCGCCCGGAGGGCGGGGGGUACGAAAGAGGAACGCGAAGGGCGCCGGGGAGGCAGUGAAUGGCUGAGAGCUUUGGACCAAGGAGUGAGUCCAUCCAGAUCCAGAGGGGGUGAGGACAGCGCCUGCAGCCCUCAGCUCUGGGGCCUCCUUCCAGUAAGUCGGACGAGCCUACCAACAACGGGCCUCACCGUCUACCGUGAUUCGCAGGCCUAGGACCAGGGGUCUGCGGCUUCUUCGUGAUCCCGCCCCGCCUCUGGAUGUCUGCAGCUCCCAUCUCGGAGGGCCAGUGCCCCCGUCUCUUGCAGACCCGGUGUUCUGGAACAUGGCACUCCAGCGUGCCGUUCUCCUGGCGGGCCUCCUGGUGGAAGUUGCCAGCAAAUCCUCGGAAAGUGCGGGCCAGCAACCUGAGUGUUGUGUGGACGUGCCGGAUGUCAACUCCACCUGUGGGGGCACAAACCUGUGUGGUCCAGGCUGCUACAGGCACCAGAACGAGGACGGCAGUGUCCGCUGCGUCCGCUGCGGGAACGGCACCCAUGGCUCUGAGUGCAGUGGCCGCCCCGUGGCUCCCCCCACCGGGCCCACCUGGCCUACUUCCCACCGAGGGGCUGCGUCUCCAAGUUCUGGAGCAACAGUCGCUGGCUGGGGCGCCCAGUUCCCGGUGAACCUGAGCACAGGGACGCCCGGGCAGCCAAAUCUCGGGAGCCCUCAGGUGGCGGCCUCCCUCUUCCUGGGGACACUGUUCUUCAGCUCCGGCCUCAUCCUGUCUGUGGCCGGCUUCUUCUACCUGAAGCGCACCAGUAAACUCCCCAAGGUGUUCUACAGAAGAGGCAAAGCCCCUGCCCUGCAGCCUGGCGAAGCUGUAAGUAACCUGGAAGGACGGGCCGAGCGCCCCGUGUCGCGGGCCCCGGGCUGGGGGCCGGCCGCUCUUCUCACUCUGCCUUUUCUCCUUUGCAAGGCCGCCAUGAUCCCUCCGUCGCACCCCUCAGUACCAUCUAGAAGCAUCUCGAAUUUCCCUGGGUCAGUCCCCCAGGGCCCCCGUAACGAGGAUCACAGGCCCGGGCUUGAAGCGACAGAAACGUCCUCUCUCUCAGUCCAGGAGGCCAGAAGGCAGAAGCCCAGUGCGGAAGCCGCGUUAUGUCAGGCGCGAGCGGCCCUUGGACGGGGACCCAGGCUCCACGGCCGUCUCCUCGGUGGAGGCCCGGGUCAGCAAUGUCUGACCCGGGGACCCACCCACAGCUCUGCACACCGCCUUGGAGAGAAGCCGGCACCCGAAGGGCAGGUGCUGCCUGGCGAGGCCUCGGGACAGGUCUGGACACAGCCCCUGACUCAGCGUGGCUGCCUACUGGCCGCAGAUGCGGCCACAAGUGCUUCCCCCCCCCCCCCCCCCGGCUGCUCUGUGAAAUGGCCUGGGAGCCUCGUCCUUGAGGCGGGCUCGGCGGUCUGGGUCCCUCCGGAGAGACCGCUCCCAGCGGCCAAAGCCUGUGAGGCCUGCUGGGCUGCUCCAUGCCUGGGAAAGCUGGGGGCUCGGCCCUUUGGCCUUCCCAAGCCCACCAUGGGCAGACAUCCCCGCACCACCAGGCCGGUUGGCCUCCUGGCAACCCCUCUGGGUUGGUGUCCAGGCAUGGGGAGGUGUGAUUUGAGCACUGGCCCCUCCAAGGCUGAGGCGCCCACUGGGCUGUCCUGUAGCCAAGGCCCCACCCCCCCGACCCCCAAGCCCAAGACCACCACACGCUUCUGGGAGCUGCAGAGGCGAGGGUCCUGGUUUCUUACUGGCUUGUGUCGGUUUUGAGCAGAAAAGGCAGAGAGACUGCUUUCCUCCUCUGUCUGCGGCCCAUGAUCCGCUCUCCGUGCUGGGCCCAGGAACGGGCUCUGGCCUGAGCUGCUGGAGAUCAAGGCCAUGUCCACCCAGGGUGACAUUCACCUGUGACUUCUGCCUAGGUAGCCUGGUCUCAAAGGACCUAUGGAGGGCCGUGCUGGCCAGUGGUCCUGCCCCAACUGCCCCAGGCCUGGAGACGCAUUUCUGGCCCCGGCUGGUUACACACAGACAGGGUCCCCAAGAGAAAGGAGCGUUUGUGGCCAUCU